UAAACGAAGAUGGCGUCCGUCGAGACAAUCUCGACGUCUGAAGAAAUUUCUCCGCGUUUCCAAAAGCUUCUUCGAGGAGUGUCCGAUGAACUCAGUCCCGAAGAACUAAGGCAUGCCGUAUCGUCCAUAAAAACUAAUUUUAGGGGCAAGUUUGAAGAUCAAGGAGAGCAAGAUUUGUACUCAUGCCUCCAAUUAUUUGCUAAGCAAGGUCUUGUAUCAGAGGACAAUCUAACUUUGUUGGAGGGGUUUUUAAGCCCGAAAGCGUCCAAGAAAAAGUCGCUAAAGGAAAAAAUUCAACAAUUUAAGGAAAACCGCCAACAAGAGGUCAGUUCUGGAAAGGAAGAACCAGGUUUGACCGGUAGGGAACGUGACCUAGAGAAAGUUAUGGCAAUGUUGACAACAGGAAGUUCGCGUGUUGUCAAUUUGCAUGGAAUUAGUGGAGUAGGCAAGACGAAAUUGGCAAUAGAAACUGUUUCAAAGUGGCCGGGGAGGAAAUUCAAGGCCGAUUUUAGAGAAAUCACUGAGAUGAAAGACGUUCAUUUUCACGUUUUAAACGCUUUAGUACCAGACAAAACGAACAUAAGCUUCGAAGCAAAUCUAGUAGUGGAAUUAAUGCAACAGUUGAGGCAAGCAGAGCAAAACAGUGACAUAUUGCUGUUCCUUGAUAACGUCGAUAAAUUUGCAGGAGGAGAUGAUGAAGCUUCCACCUUCCUUAAUGCCAAUUUUGUGAAAUUUCUGCAAGGACUUCUAGGUCCAAAGGAUUAUCCGGGGAAAUCGAAACUGAAGAUUUUGUUGACAUCAAGAUCAACACUUCGUCACGCGAAGUUGGCCAACUUUGACAAUUACGAAGUUAUGGCUUUAGAGAAAAUUUCAUCGAGUGUCUUAUUCCAAAAUCAGGGAAUUGGCAGCGUUCGAGAGGAUCAAAUGGAGAAACUGCUGCAGAUUUGCCAAGGGAAUCCCCUCAUCAUCAAGGGAAUGGCAGCAAUCUUGAGGCAACAAAUAACCGAUGACACCAGGAUUUUGGAAACGAUUGAGCAGCCACUAGCAGCCGAGCCACCAGAGUCGGGAAUACCAGCAGCAGAGGAGAUGAUUUGUGCUAUACCUCACUUGAAAGAGGACAAAAUUAGCUUUUGA